AUCUCAACCAUCAAACAGUCAUCAUGACUUCUGUUACGAGAACCCAUCCAAUCCCAUCACCCUCGAUCGAUCACAAUCCUCUCAAACAAGCAGUCACGAAGACUUGGAACGGCUUCGGUCUGGAUAAACAGGUCAUCAAGAACUUAGAAAAGCUUUCACUCGUCCCAGAGGAAAUUCAUAAACGAAUCAUUCUGUCGAUCCUCAAAGCCGACCAUCUCGAGAUCAUCGUACCACCAGAUAGUCAUACCACCACCGCAAUCCAAGCCGCACUGAUCAGCUAUCUCAUAACCUCCUCCUCAAACGAUCACACUCCAGCUCCAACUCAGACCUCGCCGAUGGUCUUAAUCUUAUGUAUGAACACUCACUCAGUCGAGCGACAUACACUGGUAUGCAAACAACUAGGAACGGAUAUCGGAGCACUCGACUUGGAAGAUAUCAACCAUUCUGAAUGUCUGAGUACUGACUUGGAGAUCGCCAGAAGAUCCGUGGACUCGCCGAUCUGGAUCACCACUCUGCCAAGAGCUGGGCUCCUGCUCCAACAACAGGCCCUCUCCCUCAACCGACUCUCGAUCCUCCUCCUCGACCUACGCCAUUCCAACCAUCUCAACCAUCACACCCUCGCCGAACUAGAGCCCCUCAUCAACUCCCUCGGCCCCCACGUCCAAUUGAUCUUCUUGAUCAGCCUCAACACCCGCGUCUCGCCCGCACUCUCUCAAUCGAUCACUCAGAAGAUGGAGUCCUCUAUCAGGAUUAAUCUCUCCAAUCAGAACACACCCGCUCUCACGCCUACCUCCCUAAGUCCCACCCCAUCUCACUCCGUCUCUCAGAUCCCUUCCCCUCCAUCUUAUGUCACCUCUACCAACUCAAUCAAAGUCAACACUCAAGAUGACUAUCAAGCCAUGACCACCUUCAACGACCAACUCAAAACACAUCACAAACCAAACUCUUGAUAAACAUAAACAUCUUCCUUUUUUUUAAUAAAAAAAAAGAAAUACAUAGACAGAACAUUCUCUAUACCAAUUCAACAUCCACCCAAAAAUCAAAACACUUCAGAUCUAUCUUAAGCCGUGUCAAUCUCUCCCUCUUCUUGAUUAAAUCAAAACUUCACAAACCGAAGAAUUCCUUGCAGUUUCCCUUCAAUUUCUCAUGAAUCAUGUAUUCCAAUCAUCCAUUGUUUAUGAUUAUCUUCAUCUGUCAGCUUGAAAAAACAAAAAUCAAUACACCAAUAAAAAAAACUCAUGUUUCAAAUUCAAACUCACAUAUAUGCACAUGUUGUCCUUUGAUUUUUUUUUUUCUCUCAUAAAUCAUCGUCACUUGAUCUAAAUAUCUGUAAUACUUAUAAUGUACUUUUAAUUUUUCCUAUUUUCCUGUUGAUUGAAUAGUCCUCACUUCCUGAUGAAACAAACUCCAAAACUUCGAUCCUUUUUUUGUUUGGCAUAGACAAUUUCUCAUUAGUCCUUGACGUCCAUGUAAAC